ACAAGUGGCUAAAACCCACAGUUCUUCUUUACUAGGGAAAGACCCACAACUCUUGUUCUUUUUGUUAUAGCAAUGGAAUGACCCCAGCCCGAAUGUGUUGAUAUAAUGCUGCUAUUGCAAGACUUUGCAGUACAAUAUGUUUGUAUAAAAUGAAUCACAGCAAAAAAAAAAAAAAAAGUUACAGCUUAUGCACACAUUGACAUUUUUAAGGCGUUUGUGUAUAUUUUAAGACUACCGAAUUAUCAAUUCAUUUUGCUGAUUGCAAAGAAAUUGAGGUACGGUUUGGCAAGACUUCAGUUCUUUCCUGUUAUAUUUAAAAUAACUUUUUUUUUUUAACAUCUGCACAUUUUGUAUUCCGUUAUGGUUGAGUCAUUAAAGGGAAGGCUGUUGUAAGCGAAGUUUACUUAUAUUUUCAUUGGAAACAGAGGUUUUGCAACAAUCUGGAGCCACCCACCGUUCGCCUCAAAGCCAAAAACACCCAUUAAAUCUGUUUUCAAUUUCUCUUAAAAUCGGAAUAACUUAACUUACGUCUUAAACGUCGAAGCAGCAACUUUAAGGCAUUGGCUAAAACUUGAAGCUCCAGACAGCUUCCUCAACUUUUGAAUUUUCCAUCAACAAAGAAACCACUUUUCCCUUUUUCUUUGCAAAAUGAAGACUCCGGUAAAAAUUUUAAUUGGUACUACAGCCGUGACAGUUCUUACCCUUCUAGUGGUCAGUAUUUACUUCCUGACAUCAAGGAACAAGAGUGAUGGUUUUAAAGAAUUUUCAUUUGAGGAUACAUUCAGUUCAGACUUCAACUACAAAAUAUAUCAUCAUCAGUGGAUUUCAGAGAAUGAGUACUUGCACAAAUCGACUGAGAGAAACGUCAUUCUUCAUAAUGUGGAAACAGGAGACAGUUCUAUCAUUUUGAAGAACACAUCUUUUGAUAUUGUAAAUGCCACGAAUUAUCAGCUGUCAACAGAUCAAAAAUUUGCAUACUUCGAGAGCAAUUAUAAACAACAAUGGAGACACUCUUACACGGCCUCAUACCACAUUUAUGAUGUAGAGAAUGGAGAGUUUAUUGAAGAAAACAAGCUCCCACCUAACAUUCAAUACAUAGCCUGGUCACCCACCGGACAUAAAUUGGUAUACAUUGUGGAUAACAACAUAUUUUUAAAACACAAUCUUAAGGAAUCACCCACUGAAUUAACAAACAACGGGAAAGAAAACCAAAUAUACAAUGGAAUUCCAGAUUGGGUGUAUGAAGAGGAAAUGCUGGGAGUGAAAUAUGCUACAUGGUGGUCUACAAAUAGCAAUUUUGUGGCGUACGUCCAAUUUAAUGAUACUGAUGUACCAGUCAUAGAAUAUUCCUUUUACGGCGAUGAUCAGUAUCCUAAAACAAUCAGUAUUCCUUACCCGAAGGCUGGCUCAAAGAAUCCAACGGUCAAACUGUUUAUAGCAAAGGUUGAUGAUCCAAGAUUUAUAAGUACAGCUGAAGUUCCUGUCCCAUCAUUGAUAGCAGCGAGUGAAUAUUACUUUAGCUGGGUGACGUGGAUUCUGGAUAGUCGGAUCAGCGUCCAGUGGGUGACGAGAACACAAAACAUAUCAGUCAUAGCAAUAUGCGAUUUUGAAAAAAGUUCAAAUAUAUGGAUUUGCCCAAGGAAUCAAGAGCAUUUAGAAACAAGUACAACUGGAUGGAUUGGUGUGUUCUUUCCUUCACUUCCAGUGUUCACAUCCGACUCAUCAUCAUAUUAUAAAAUUUAUAGUGACCGGAAUGGUUAUAAACAUAUUCAUUAUGUAAAUCAGUCUGUGGAUAAUGCUAUACAAAUUACAAGUGGACCCUGGGAAGCAAUUUAUAUAUUUUAUGUUACAGAUGAAGCAAUCUAUUACUCAAGUAAUGAAUUUGAAGGAUUUCCAGGAAGAAGAAACAUCUAUCGGAUUGCGCUCCAAGGAAAUCGCCAAAAGCAAUGCAUCACCUGUCAUUUAAGAAAGGAGAGGUGCCAAUAUUACUCUGCAAAGUUUAGCAUUAAGGCAAAAUAUUAUUCGCUCUAUUGUUAUGGUCCUGGUCUUCCCAUCGUCACCCUUCAUGAUGCACGUACUAAUAAAGAGCUCCGCGUACUGGAAGACAACCUCGCCUUGGAAAGCAAACUGCUCACAGUUAGAAUGCCAUCAGAAAGAAUUGGAAAGAUUGAGCAAGACGGGAUGACAUUCUGGUAUAAGAUGACUUUGCCUCACAAUUUUAACAAAAGCAAGAAAUACCCACUUCUUCUAUAUGUCUACGGUGGUCCCUCGAGCCAAGAAGUACUGCACACAUUUUCAAUCGGCUGGAAGACUUACUUGGCAAGUUCUGAAGAAAUAAUUGUUGCCUCUGUGGAUGGUCGAGGGACAGCUUUUCAGGGAGACAAGUUCAUGCAUGCUGUCUAUAAAAGACUUGGCACAUAUGAAGUCGAAGAUCAAAUAUUUGCUGUCAGAAAAUUUAUUGAAAUGGGAUUUAUUGAUGAGAAAAGAAUAGCGAUAUGGGGUUGGUCAUAUGGAGGAUAUGUUACUUCAAUGGUUCUUGGACACGGAACCGGGCUAUUCAAAUGCGGGAUGGCUGUUGCUCCUGUUUCAAACUGGGAAUAUUAUGCCUCAAUCUACACUGAGAGGUACAUGGGUCUGCCUACUAAAUCAGAUAAUCUGGAAAAUUAUAAGAAUUCAACUGUGAUGGCCAGGGCACAGCAUUUUAAGGAAGUAGAUUACCUGCUCAUUCAUGGAACAGCAGAUGAUAAUGUACAUUUUCAACAAGCAGCCCAGAUCUCCAAGGCAUUGGUCGAUGCCCAAGUUGAUUUCGAAGCAAUGUGGUAUACAGACAAGGACCAUUCAAUUUCAGGCUCUGGAAGAAAACAUCUAUAUACCCACAUGACUCGUUUUCUUAAACAAUGCUUUAAUCUUUAAUAAAAUUAAAAUAGCUAAUA